AUGAGCACUGGUGAAAAUCGAACGGUCAUUUGUAAAGACAACAUUGAUCCAGAUCCUGAACUGUUAAUAUGGGAAAAAUGGAUACAAAUUAGAAACGACGAAACUCAAAAUUUAGCUAGUAAAACAAAACGUACACAGGCUGAAUUAGCAAUGAAUUUAUUAGAAAAUGUUAGGAAAGACAAAGAAAUAAAAACAGUAUUAGAGCAGGCAAAAAUUGAAAAUAAAGUUGGAGUAAGGAAAACGAUAUGGGAACAGCCUCCACGAUUAAAACAAAAUUGCUAUUUAGAUCCAGUAUAUGAAUUACAAAGGACACGAGCAGAAUUAGGAAGACCUCGUAUACUAGAGCACAUUGGGGUUCCUCGUUACAUACAAGAAAAUGAAAAAGGUAUUAAAGGAGUUCAACGAAAACAAUGUACAAAAUUAGAUUCUCAUUAUAACAAUUACAAAGAAAAAAAGGAAAAAGAAUUAGAAGCUAACAUAAAGAAGAUAGAUCCAUUUAGACCACAAAUAGAGGAACUAUGCGUAGUUGGUAACAAACCAAAACCUCCAAAGAUGAAAACGCCAGCUUUGCCAACAAUAAAUAUUAUUUCUAACUACGAUGUCAUUAGAGACGCAUUAUAUUCUGUUUAUGCGAUUAGAAUAAAUGAUACUAUAUUUUUUAAAGAUAUAAUUGGAGAGAACCUUACUCAUUUGUCAAAAAAGCAAAAUGAAUAUUGGCACGUAAAAUGUGACUCUUGGUCGUAUUACUUCAACUGUCCAGUAAAUAGAGUUGGAAGAAGCAAAUUACUUCUUGAAAACUUAGGCACAGUUAGUCUUCGUUAUUGUUUGAAAAAAGUAAAUCAAUCUAACAUUGAAGACAGCAAAGAAAUAGUUUUUUUCUUUAAUAAAAAUGAAAAUGUAAUUUUUCCAGGACAGAAACAAGAACUUCUGUUUACUUUCUUAUCUAGCGAGCCUGGAUCUUACAUAGAAAGUUGGGAAAUAGCUUUCCUUAAUGUUAAUUUUUUUGAUACUCAAGAAAAACGACUCAUUGUAGAUUUACAUGCUGAUUCAGUGGAGAACGUACACAAAAUGAAAAAGAAAAUUGAAAAACUAGAAAAAAUGAUUUAUAAUACGGUUCUCAAAAAUAUAUGUAGAGAUUUGCUAAGGGAAGUGUUUAUUAAAGCUACUAGCGUAGAACCUCAAAUAUAUCCCUACAAAAAAACGUUGUUAGAAGCUGAAAUGUUUGUUAUGAAAAAUCCUGUUUGUUUUUAUCAUCAGUCUGAAGUAAUUAAAAUGAAAGAACUAUUCACAGAAAUGGCUCCAGAACAUGUUUGGGACCUUUCUAUCACUACCUGGAGAUAUGCUAUGAUGGAUAAGGAUUUUGAUGAUAGAAUGAAAUUUUACGGACUUCUCAAGGCGUCAUAUAGAGAAUGUUUGAAACCAUGUUUAGAAGAUGAUAAUCUUUUAGCACACAAAUAUAGAGCUGUUAAACAACUUCUUGAGCAAAUGGCCACCAAAUUCGAUGAAGAAUUUGCACGAAUACCAGAAAUGAUAGCAAUUUAUAAUCCCAACCACAUAGAUAUUUUAAAAGAUGCUUCUCAGUACGAACAAGAUUCAAUCAUGUCCACCCUGCCUCUUGUUCGAAAUAUAUUUUACUUACGAGCUUAUGAACAUGUAGCAUCUAUGAUAGAACAGUGUGCUGGUGUGCUGAGUAGUCUAGAUUUAAAUAGAUGGAUUCAUUUUGACUUUUGUCGCACA